CAAAUGGUCACAAACAACCAAUAUUAUUAUGAUUCUUAUAUGUAAUAGUAGUUUCAAUCAUUGAAUUUCAGUUUCAAUAGCUGAUGAACAAUCAAAAUUGUCUAUUAGCUUUUAUAUUGUGACAACUUUGAUUGUUGAAAGUUUUUCUUUUUCUCUGUAAAUUGUGAUUAAAAUUAACUUCUAAUUGUGAUUGAAAAUGAAACGAAACGAUUCCCCAAUGGCUUGGGAUACAACCGAUAAUAAAAACAGUAGUUGUAUCAAUCUGAAUAAAAAUCUUGACCCGGAAACUUAUUCAACUUAUUCAGUUGAAUCUUCAGAGGCGAGUUCAGGUAAACAAGUUUGGAACUCAGCUAAAAGAGUUGUCAAAGGUUUCUGGACAACAACUCAAAUUUUACCUAAAAAUGCUGAAAAAGAGUCGAUAAUUAAAACAACACUUCGAGAACUGUUCAUCUAUUUGGCUUUUCUGGUCACAGUUUCAGUCAUUUCAUUUUCUGUAAUGAAUCCAACGAUGUAUUAUCAAACCAAAUUGUUAUCUGAAUUGUUUCUUGAUAAAACUGCUUCUGAUGGGACAUCGUUCAGAGCGGCGACCACAAUGGACCAAUUCUGGAAGUUUGCAGAAGAGAUUUUAAUUGAUAAUCUCUAUUGGGAUAAAUGGUACAAUAGUAAUAAGACCUCGACGGAAACUUCAAUUCUCUAUGAGAAUUAUUUGAUUACCGCACCUCACCUGAGACAACUUCGAGUUCGUAACGAUUCAUGUGAAGUUCAUAAAGAUUUUCGUAAGGCUAUUCAUACGUGUUACAAUUCUUAUGCUGAUUAUCUCGAGGAAAGAGAUUGGUUAUCAAAUGGAACUGGAUUCCAGUGGGAAGAGAUUCAGUCGUUUGCUAAGAACGCAAUUUGGGGUAAAAUUUCAACCUAUUCGGGUGACGGAGGUUAUAUUGUUGACCUGGGGCUGAAUAAAACUGCGCGUGAAAUAUUGGCCGAGUUGAAGAAAAAUCUAUGGAUCAAUCGAGGAACUCGAGUGAUCUUCAUUGACUUUACUACUUACAAUCCGAAUAUUAAUCUGUUCGUUGUUUCCAAGUUAAUUGCUGAAUUCCCUGCCACCGGUGGUAUGUUGACCUCGUGGCAAUUUCGAACUCUAAGUUUACUUCAAACGGGAAAUAAAGCAAUUAUAUCGACUAUUAUUUUCUCAAUUUUCAUCGCAUUUGUGGUCUAUUAUUUUAUCGAGGAAUUGGUUGAGAUGAAAACUCUUGGAAUAACAAAUUAUAUCAAUGAAUCUUUUUGGAAUUUUCUUGACAUUCUAACUAUUAUUCUUGGUUCCAUGCUAAUAUUUUAUUCAUUUUACAAGAAAUACGUAAUUAAUAAGAUAUUCAAUCAAGCGGCGAUUGAGGAACCUAAUUAUCUGACCAAUUCGAGUUCUGUUGCAUUGAGAAUGGAAACUUAUCAGUUCGAUACUCUUGGUUUCUGGUCUAUGCAGUUCGUUAACAUGUUGGCACUUUUAACUUUCAUUGUUUGGAUCAAAGUAUUUAAAUAUAUCAGUUUUAAUAAAACGAUGUCACAAUUAAGUUCAACUUUGAGUCGCUGUUCUAAAGAUAUCGCUGGUUUCGGUGUCAUGUUUUUCAUCGUUUUCUUUGCAUUCGCCCAACUUGGUUAUCUGCUAUUUGGAACUCAAGUCAAAGAUUAUAGUUCAUUUGGAACUGCGGUAUUCACGCUACUUCGCUUGAUUUUGGGCGAUUUUAAUUUCCAAGAACUUGAAGCGGCAAAUCGGGUCUUGGGUCCAUUCUUUUUCCUCAGUUACAUAUUUUUCGUAUUCUUUGUCCUAAUGAAUAUGUUCCUUGCCAUCAUCAAUGAUACUUACGCUGAAGUAAAAAGUGAACUUCAUGAAGACGAUGAAUUCCCAAUCAUGCAAUAUUUCAAGAAUCAUUAUCAAGGAUUAUUGAAUAAAUUGGGCGCUCAACGAGAUCAGAUUGAAGGUAUUCAAGCGGCCUUAACUUUAGAUGGAAAUAAAAAGUUAUCUUAUGAACAUGUUCGAGCUGAAUUAAAAAAACGCGAUCUAACUGACCCAGAGAUCGAAAUGCUGUUCGCUAAAUAUGAUCUAGACUGUAAUCGAGAAUUAGAUUCAGAAGAAUUGUCGAAAUUAUUAAAUGACCUGGAGGGUAAAAAGCUCGCACUUGACAAGCAAAUUGAACACGAACAAGCAAAUCGACCGACAUCAGCUCUUAGUCGACAUCAAUUCGGCCUUGGUGGUGAAGACAUGGUCAAACUAGUUCGAAGGGUCGACCGAAUGGAACACACUUUAAUGGCCAUUUCAGGUAAAAUCGAUUCCGCUUUGGCAGGUAAAUUGAUCAUUCCAAAAGGGCCACCGGAAGUUGGAGUUACUCAAGCCUCUGAUGAUGAAAAUGAAGCAACUAAACGUUGGGCUAAUUAAAACUAAUUUAAAUCACUUUCCAGUUCCAAUCAACAAUCAAUUUUAUCACCCAAACUUUAACUUAAUUGUUCAUUCAAACUAUUGACUAUAUUUUCAUCAAAAACUGUUACUAAUUGUUGCUCUUGUAUUUAGUUUAACUAUUAACUUUGUUUCGCUUUCAAAAAAUUUAGCCUUUAAUCAUUACAAUCUAAUUUAAUUGUCAUUAAUUAAAUCGAAGCACUUGAUAAUUAAUAAAACGUAUUCCACCAACAA